GCCGAGGGUUCUACUCCGUUAAAACUCCCCCCGAACGGCUCCGUCCUCCCUGACACUUGUUGCCGUCGGCCCGCGCAGCACCGGCAGAGGCCCCCGAGCGCUCCAGCAUUUCCUCCCAGGGAUCCUCCUCCUUUCCCCCGCGGGGAGUGAUGAACUCCAUCGACCCUCAGUCCCAUCACCUGCACCAGCACCACGCCUCCCCCGCCGCCGGCUCCCUGCCCCCCAAGGGCGCCCAGGAGGCCCCCGCCGACAUGGCCUCCGUGUACUGCGACAACCUGAGCGGCGUGUACCACCAGCAGAGCCUGCAGGGCGCGCAGAGACCCGCCGGCUACGGCCUCGGGGAUUACGCGUCGUCGCCGAACCCGUACCUGUGGAUCAACGGGCCGGGCGUCAACUCCCCCGCGUCUUACCUGCACGGCAACAACCCGGCGCCCUUCAUCCCGCCCUCCUACGGCUCGCAGCGGCCGUUCCUGAGCAACUCGCCUGGCUUCGGGGGGCCCGACCUCGGCUGGCUGUCCAUCGCCAGCCAGGAGGAGCUGCUGAAGCUGGUGCGCCCGCCCUACUCGUACUCCGCGCUCAUCGCCAUGGCCAUCCAGAACGCGCACGAGAAGAAGCUGACCCUGAGUCAGAUCUACCAGUACGUGGCCGACAACUUCCCCUUCUACAAGAAGAGCAAAGCCGGCUGGCAGAACUCGAUCCGGCACAACCUGUCUCUGAACGACUGCUUCAAGAAGGUGCCGAGGGACGAGGACGACCCAGGAAAAGGGAAUUACUGGACUUUGGACCCAAACUGUGAAAAGAUGUUUGACAACGGCAACUUCCGCAGAAAAAAAAGACGUUCGGAUCCGAGUAGCGCGGGCGGAGCGGCGGCGUCGGCGUUUGCGUCCCGAGACGACCCCAUGGGACCCCUCAACCCAAAUUGUCCCUCUGAUAAAGGACAGGGAGCCGGUCGCGCCGCGCUAAUGAGAAACAUCUGA